AUGGAGGGAGGCGGAGAGGUAGACGGAAGCGGAGAGGGAGGCAGAUGGGGGGUGGUCGGGAGAGGCGGGUGGAGAGGAACAGGCAAAUGGGGGGGUGGUCUGGAGGGGCAGACGGAAGCGGAGAGGAACAGGCAGAUGGGCAGUGGUCGGGAGGGGCAGAUGGAAGCGGAGAGGAACAGGCAGAUGGGCAGUGGUCGGGAGGGGCAGAUGGAAGCGGAGAGGAACAGGCAGAUGGGCAGUGGUCGGGAGGGGCAGAUGGAAGCGGAGAGGAGCAGGCAGAUGGGCGGUGGUCGGGAGAGGGAGGCGUGGGUGGAGAGGGAGGCAGGUAGGCUGGCGGAAGCGGAGAGGGAGGAGGCGGGCGGAGAGGCAGAUGGGGAUGGGUAG